AUCCGUAACUGGGACCUGCGGUCAGACACAGUGACCAAGCCCAACAGCACAAUGCUCUCCGCCAUGCUCUCUGCGCCCGUCGGUGACGACGUCUUUGGUGAAGAUCCAACAGUUGCCGCACUUGAAGCCCGCGUAGCCUCUCUAUGCAACAAGCCAGCGGCGCUCUUCUGCGCAUCCUCAACGAUGGCCAACCAAUUAGCAAUCCGCACGCACAUGCGCGAUCCGCCAGAGUCGCUGGUGUGCCAUACGGACGCGCACGUAUUUGCAUACGAGAGUGGCGGUGCCUCACUCCUGUCGCAGACGCAGAUGAUCCCUGUUAAGCCGUCCGAGGGACAUAACCUGCGGCUGGCGGAUGUUCAGCGCGUGUUCAUAAAGAAUAAUCAAUUGGGUCAUUGCGCGCCGACCCACUUGGUAGUUUUGGAAAACACCAUGGCGGGUGUGAUUAUGCCGGUAGAGGAUAUGCGGGAGAUUUCGGCAUUUGCGCGUGAGCAUGGGGCUAGACUGCAUUUGGACGGAUCGCGGCUGUGGAACGCGUCGGUGGCCAGCGGUAUUGCGAUCGCAGAGUACGCUGGGCUGGUGGAUACGCUCAACCUGUGUCUGUCCAAGGGCAUGGGGUGCCCGAUUGGUGCUGUCUUGGUGGGCAGCGAGCAGUUUAUUGCCAAGGCGCGCCAUUUCCGCAAGGUCUUUGGCGGCGGAUGGCGCCAGGCGGGUGUCCUCGCAGCGGCUGGCCUCAUGCCAUUGAUCAUGCUGGCUAGGCGACUGGCCGACGGGCUGAGUAAGUGCGGCUUUGAGAUCGCCCUGCCUGUGGAUACCAACAUGGUGCUGGUGCGCGCGCCGUCUGCAGUACUGGACGCGCAGAGAAUUUUCGUCGAGGCCGCCCUCGAGAAGGGCGUGAAGCUGGUCACCAUCUACGGCAACGUGCUACGGAUCGUGCUGCACCAUCAGAUCGACAGCAACUGCAUUGAUGUUCUGUUGGAAACCGCAACGACCUGUUUUGGUAAUGUUUAAGGUUGGUGGGAGUUUAUUUUAAUAAUAUACAUGGGAUU